CUCCUGUUUUCAUUAUUCCCCCCAUGUUUAUACUGCUUGAGGCUUCCUUUACACUGUACAAGUUGUAUUUCCUUGACUUUGCUGUGGUUAUGGCACUAGUUGAGAUUUGGUUUGCAUCAGGAACUUGGAUGGUCCCAUUAAGUAUUAGCGUUUAUGCAUACUUGUUUUUACUCGUGGAGUCGGUAUGUGUUGUUCAACUGAACAUCAUAUUAGAGCUAAAGAGCUCGAGAUGAUUGGGAAGCAAAUGAGCUUUAUCUCCAUUAUAAAUGGUCUUAUAGGAAGAAGCUAUCACUUGGAAGGAAUAUAAGAAUGAUAUUUUCACCAUGAAAUCCUUUUAAACUUUACUACUAAUUUCAGGAGGUGAGAACUAGAUACACUUUCCAUUUGGAAGAUAAUAUCACCGCUUGAGCUAUUAAUCUUCACAUUGACAGUUGUUUCCUUAAGUGUGUAGUUAAUAAAUAUGUUCUGCAUUAGUUUAUGGGUUGGCUUUCAAUUUUUCGAUUAGAAUGGAUCCUAAUGAGGGUCACUACUCUCUCAAGAAAAAUGAGGGCCUGACAUUAUUUUUCUAUAUAUUCCAACAAGGAUCUGGAUAAACACUAAUUCUAUUGUUGAUUCCUCAAGCUCUCAUUUUCUAAAUCAGCCACAACUACUUAUCGGUCUCUUCUUCAAAAUUGUAGGCUGCACUCGUGCCUGCAUCAGAAGGUGCAACAGAUACUAGUUACUCACAAGUUGCUUCUCUUGGAAUCCUUCAGAUGAACAUGUAUAUGCAGCCAUUGAAUGUUUAUCAACCAUCUGAAGAAGAGCUUAGGGGUUACCUUGACCCAUAUGAAGAUGUAUUAUGUACAGAGUGUCAGCAAGGUGGCGAUGAUGCUCUUAUGCUACUUUGUGAUAUCUGUGAUUCACCUGCGCAUACUUAUUGUGUUGGUCUUGGACAUGAAGUACCUGAAGGUAACUGGUAUUGUGAAAGCUGUCGGCCAACUGUUCUUGCUUCUCCAAAUCCACAGAAUCUGAACCCUAUGCCUGAUAAUAGAACAAACAGCAAUUUUUCUGUUGGGUCACCUCGUGUUGCUAAUGUAAGAGAAAUGUUUGAUCUUAAUGAAAUGUAUGUCCCUGAUACCCCUUUGGCUGAAGAGUCAGGUGAGUUUCAAUCUCCCCGAGAUGGUCAAGUUUCUCCUCUAACUUCUGGGAUUGGGGCAUUCGCAGACCGACGUAGAAUACAGCCGCAAAUACAUCAACUCCUUCAUAAUAGGAGGAGACAACUUGGUAAUAGUCUCUUUGGCUCUCAAAUUGCUCGAAGUAGGGAAUUAGCAACUCAACCUGCUGUAGCACAAAGGGCAGCGCCUCAUAAUACAUUUUUCCAAGGAAGGCAACCAGAGAGUAAUGCUCGUUUACCUUAAAACCGUAACCUUGUACCGGAAAGGUCGAGUAAUUUGAGUGGGCUGCUGAAUUUGAAUGGAGCCUCUACAUCAUCGCAAAGGUUUUUUUGGUGAAUUUUUAGAAAGUGAAUUGCAAGGGACCGAUGCAAGUUUCAGCUUUGGUUUGGCUCAUCAGCAACUCCAUCCCUGCAGUAACAGAUCUAACGUUGGACCUGAUACCAGCACUUCUCCUUGUCAAUUUAGAGAGGUGAGAUCCUUUAAUUAGAGAAGGAAUUAUGGUUAGAAAUUUAAAAUCUGAUUCAGAGAUUCAAAAUUUGAGGGAGUCUAGUUUAAUGUUUCCUUUAACUGUAGCUUUAAGAAAAUUAAUCUAAAACUGUUGUUAGAUUAAUUUUCUAAAACUCAUCACUCCCCAUUUGAAUCUACGACCGGGUAUUACAAGGA